GAAGAUUUGACUGUUUAAAAUACAGACCUCAAUAGGGACUGAAACUUCUUUUUGUUCAUUAAUCUAGAACGUUAAUUGAUUUCAAGAUGGGCCAGUGUGUUGGAUGCCUCAAGUACAUACUCUUUAUCUUCAACUUCUGUCUUUGGCUGCUGGGAUGCGGGUUGCUGUCAGUUGGGAUAUGGCUAAAGAUGGACGACCGUGGUGAUCACUACGUGCAGGCGGUGACCGAGAAGGUGAUCGAUGGCUACAAGAUCAGUUACAGUGACGUAGGGGAUAUCAACGUUGGUGACGUCAUGAUCUACUUGCUGAUCGUCUUCGGCAUUAUCCUCAUCCUCGUGACGUUUAUCGGCUGCUGCGGCGCUGUCAGAGAGAACAUGUGUUUACUAGUCACGUUCUCCAUCUGCCUCUUUAUUCUAAUGGCGGCCUUGCUGAGUGUUGGGACAUGGGCGUUCAUCAGCAAGAAGAAUGUCAACACUCAAACAGAUGACCUGAGGGCAAAAACGACUGAAAUCUUGAAUAAAGCAGUCAUGACGUAUGAUAAUGACCCUGAAUCUAUGGAGCUGAUGGACCUUGUACAAAAUAGUCUUCGCUGCUGUGGAGUGAAUGGAACCAGGGACUACCUGAAGAAAGUCCCACAGAGCUGCCCUAGUCUAGCCUCUACCAGAAACAGAAUACAGGGCUGUAGCUGGUACUACUUCUAUAGAGUAGCAGAAGAGAUCAGAAAAUUUCUCGAGAAGCGCUUCAACAUCCUCGCUAUUAUUUCAUUUUGUGUUGGAUUUAGCUUGGGCCUAGGUAUCGUGAUUUCAAUGUUGCUCUGUUUCUUUGUGAGAAAAUCAACAAGGCUUGUCGUUUCGUAGUUCAUUAGCAUGUGGUGUAGGCGGGAGGUUCAAGACUUCACGAUAAAGGAAUAAGACUUUAAGUUAACUAGUGAUGAGGACAGUACUAGUUAUGUCACAACUAUGGUACUUUUUUAAAUGCAGCUUAUCGCAACACUUUAUUCAUUGUCAUAUAUAGGAAAAAACUUUUUGAAUACUGAAAGUAAUGAAAGAUAUAUUAGUUAUUAGAAAAAUUAUAAAAUGUGCACAAUUCACCAAAAACAACACUUUUAGCUAGGACUCCACAUUUAACGUUCUGUAGAUUUUUUUAAAGGAACUGACUAAAUAUCUUAUAGAUAUGUCUACUAGUGGGGUCAUGCAGAGAUACUCACUACCCAUGGGACUGAUAUAUGUAUUACCUUUGGUCAGAGAUCCCUUUGGGUUAGAGGUCCCUUUGGGUUAAAGAUCCCUGCUCCCUUUGGUUCAGAGAUCCCUUUGGGUUAGAGGUCCCUUUGGGUCAAAGAUCCCUGCUCCCUUAACUUAGGGCCAGUGAUACAUGUGGGUUAGAGAUCAAUGACAACUUUGGGCAAACGAACAAAGAUCUCUGCUACCCUUAAGCCAGGAAUGACUGCUAUCUUUGGGACAGAGAUCCCCACUUUAUUUAACUCAGAGAUCCCUGCUCUACUUAGGUCAGAGAUUCUUGAAAUAUAUUUAGGUUAAGAUCCCUGAAAUAUUUAAAACAGAUCCCUGCUCUAUUUAGGUCAGAGAUUCUUGAAAUAUAUUUAGGUUAAGAUCCCUGAAAUAUUUAAAACAGAUCCCUGCUCUAUUUAGGUAAGAGAUUCUUGAAAUAUAUUUAGGUUAAGAUCCCUGAAAUAUUUAAAACAGAUCCCUGCUCUAUUUAGGUCAGAGAUCCGUUAUAUUUGGGUCAGAGAUCCCUGUUAUUUUAGGUCAGUGAUACUUGUUAACAUUAAAGCAUAUUUUCCCAUAGAAGAGAUCAUAACCCCAGUUAGCUAAGUGCAUAAAUAGUAUCAAGGAACCUUAACUUCUGUAAAAGUCGGUUCCCUAUCAAAAGUCACAUUUAAAAAAUGGUUAUCGUAAAACAAACAGAAAGCAUAUGGAAUACCGGAAGAAAAAUAUAUAUCAAACAAAAUACAUUUGUCUAUGUGUGAAUACACUUUGGGAAUUUUAUCUUUUUUUUAAGGGAUCGCGCAUAAACGACGUCACUCCUAA